GAGGAUUCCUUGUAUGGUUUGAGGAAACUGAGGCUCUUGCCCAAAGACAAGAGGGUCGGCACGACCGUGAACAUGCAGUGCUUUCUCCAAGGACUUGUUUUUCUCCUCCUCGGUGUCUUGUCGAGUGCUCAAGACAGCAAUCUGCUCCGCCUGGUGAAUGGGGGCAGUCGAUGCGCGGGCAGAGUGGAGAUCCUUCACCAAGGCUCCUGGGGCACCGUCUGUGAUGACUACUGGGACUUGAACGAUGUGAAUGUGGUGUGCAGGCAGCUGGGCUGUGGAGAAGGCCUAGAAGCCAAGGUGUUAGCUCACUUUGGGGCAGGAUCAGGACGCAUCUGGCUGGAUGACGUGAACUGCACGGGAAAGGAGUCCCACUUAUGGAAGUGCACUUCCCCGGGCUGGGGGCAGCACAGUUGCAAUCAUAAAGAGGAUGCAGGAGUCAUAUGCUCAGGUAUGGUCUGUGCGUUAAUCACUGAUUGAGAGAUUGGAAAGAUCCAAGGAAGCUGGUGUCUGAUCAUGGGCCAAUAGGAGAUGGAUGGGCUAGAGAGGUCUGAGACAUCUACCCAUCCUCCCUGAGUGCACAGAGUAAUGGGCUUCAUUUGCUUUCCUCUUCUGCGUUUCUGCUAUUCUUUUCUUCUCCAGUGGUCUUACCUGACAGAGUUUAAUCUAUUAUCCCAAUUAAAAUUAAUCUUCAGGAGUUCCUGUCGUGGCGC